AUGGAUGUCGAAUACCCCGCCCCAAUCGACUAUGAGCCUAUUCGACAGAUUUGCUCUCGUACUCGUUUCCGCCCCGGCCUGCUGUUCAGCUGCGAAGGACAGCAUGGUGGCAUUGGAAUGGUGCGCAACCAGAUCUUGAAAUGCGUCCGGUACGCGAUCAACGGCGGAGGCGCGGUUGUUGUCCCUUCAAUGGCACUGCGAAACGCGAAAGAUAUUACCGACAUCGAAACUACCACAGAGGUUCCUCUCGAUUACCUAUUGGAUCAUGAGGCAUUCGUUACCCAUUUGACAAAUGGAUGCCCUGGGAUGCGGAUAUACGAACGCGCAGAAGACUUCCCAUUUUACGACCGUCGAAUAGGGGAGCCUUUGAGUUUGAUAGGCGACCAGUUCGAGCCAGACCACCCUAGGGAGGGAUUGAAGUACCCUCGAAAAUGGCGGCAAUUCUUCGACAAUUGGCUAGACCAAAUGUCCGUCAGGGACCGCAUUCAACCGGAUGCACCGGUGCACGUCAAGAUCGAGCAGUCUUUCCUCGAAUAUCCCGUUCGCGACGAUGGCGACGCUUUCGUGCACGAAUUCGGCAAAAUCCUGUCUUUCCGACACGAAACCCGAGCUCUGGCAGCCAAGAUUCUUUUCAAGCUAAAAGAGAGGUUCGCAUUGCCUAUCGAUCCGACGGUAGCUAUCAAUCCAAACGCUUUUUAUGGCGCCCACCUGCGACUCGAAGAGGAUGCGACAUCCGCUUGGACACCGGACGAAUGGCGCUUUUCGCGGAUGGAAGAUCAGUUUGAGGAGCAAUUCAAGAAUCUGGAGCGCACGGGUCUUAACGUUGUCUACGUCGCGUCAGGAAACCAAACCGUGGUCGACAUAUUCGCCGAAAGACUGCAUGAGCGCCUCGCAGCUGGGUCAGAAUCCGAGAAGAGGAACGUGACGGUGGUCACUAAGCAUGAUCUGCUCCAAGGGCCUGACAGAGAGCAGCUCGAUGGCCUUACGUUUGACCAGCAGGGCCUGGUAGACUUCAUGGUAAUGUUUAAGGCGAGCGCGUUCAUGGGCGUCGCGCACUCAAGUUUUCCCUGGACAAUAGCGUUACGAAGACACGAGCUUAGCAAGUACACAGCUUAUGGGAAUGAGGGAUCAGACUUGUUGCGAGAUGAGUAUAGUAUUAUCAUGGGCAUGGAAGCUGACUAUCCAUACGUUGACCCCUUUGUUUAUGGGAUAUGGCCAUAG